AUGCACUACGAGCCAGCACAAUACGACGACCCCGAGACCGACGAGAACUUCUUCUCAAAAGAACUCAUUGGACAUACCAGAGCUCUCAACUAUCCCAAGAAUUGGAACAAUAUUCUCAACUCGAUCCCAGCACCAGGGAAGCAGAAGGCCUUCAAUAAACUCACUAUGAAGACAGAGCCUAUCAAGAGUUGGGAUCCGGUGAUAUUUUAUGAGCCUGGAGAGCCUCGUCGGCCGUUGAUCAAAUGUAUCGAGUGGGUUGAGGACCAGGCUAUUCCGAUCUUGAUUAAUGCGGGUCUGAUUCAUGGAGGCAUGAGCGUAUAG